CAAAGACGGGGGCUCCUUGGCUGCUCAGAAAGUUCACCCUCUCUGAAGCGGCUCACGGUCUCCCCGAGUCUCCCUCCCCUUCACAUGCCCCCCACGAUCGCCCCCGGAGGCCUGCCCGGGGAUGAGGCGGGGGUCUCCCGGGCUCCCCCUCGCGCCCCAGACCCCCGGGUGGGCUAGCCAAGCCAAGGAAGAGCCCGAUCCGCCGCCGCCGCCCGUUCUCUUUCCGGGUCGCCGCUUGACCCCCCGCUUAGUCCUUCUCCAUGGUGCAGAUUCUGGCCCUGGUGUGGCGGAGGCUGCUUCGGAAGCGCUGGGUCCUGGGGGUCGUCUUCGGGCUGUCCCUCAUCUAUUUCCUCAGCAGCACCUUCAAGCAGGAAGAGCGAGCCGUACGAGAUCGGAAUCUCCUCCAGGUGCAGGACGAGGAUCACCCGAUCGCGUGGAGAGUGCAGUUCAACUCCGGGAAUGGCAGCCAGCCCGGUAACCAGUGCCGCAACUCUGUCCAGGGGAAGCUGCUGAUCACAGAUGAGCUGGGUUACAUCUGCGAAAGGAAGGACUUGCUGAUGAACGGCUGCUGCGACGUCAAAGCCCCCAGUGCAAAGCUCUACAGCUGCGAGAGCUGCUUGCCCAACGGAUGCUGUAGCAUUUACGAAACCUGCGUUUCUUGCUGCUUGCAGCCCAACAAGCAACGGCUCCUGGAGCACUUUCUAAACCGAGCUGCGGUCGCCUUCCGGAACCUUUUCAUGGCUGUGGAAGAUCACUUUGAGUUGUGCUUGGCCAAGUGCAGGACCUCCUCGCAGAGCGUGCAGCAUGAGAACACCUACCGCAACCCCAUUGCGAAAUACUGCUACGGGGAGUACCCUCCGGACCUCCUGCCAGUGUGAUAGCGGCAAGGGGACUGUGUGGCAGCAAGGAGAGAGAGACCGGAGGCGUCAGCGAUUGUGGAACGGUGACAUUGUGAGGACGCUCGGACACCUGCCUUUGUGCUGCGGCACCCGACUUAGCCUUUCAGAGAAGAGCCUCUUUCAUCCGCCUGUUGCCGCGCCCCUGCAGUUAGAAAAUGGGAUGAGGGCGGUGGGAGACCCUCCAUCGGCUGUCGCCAGAGGACUGUAUUCAGGCACUGCAUCGUGGCUACAGUCAGUCCCGCCCCCAUUUUGUGAUACGGACAUAAUAGAAGUUGUGUCUCUCUCCCCGUAGCCUGUGGGCCCCCCCCUCUCUCUCUCUGGCCUGGCCAACAAACACAGUGAAUGACGAAAGGUCCCUUUAGAUGAGAGAGCAAUGCUUGGUUCCUUGCAGGCGAGAGACGUCCUUUAUCCUCAAACCGUGCUGUGUAAAUACGAAUUAUUUAUUGGGAUGACACUACCGCUCAAAACGUAUUGCAGGGUGUUCUAGAAGCCGGUGCCAGGAGGGUGUCGGCGGCGUUGGUCUAAGAUGGGACAGAGAAAAAGCCCUUCGCCUUAGAUUUUCCUCCAGGCUUUGUCAUUAAUCUUGUUCCGCAUGGUCUGUUCUUUGAAUUGAUUUGGCUGUUGCUUGCCAGCAGGGGGCGGUAGCAAACAGCACCCUGUUUCCUGGCUCUGCAUGGAGCUAAAUAGAGCCGAGGUUUCUCUGCAUAUCCGCGGUGGAAAUCCCUGGCCUGCGGGCCUAUCUGGACCCACCAGGCUUCCCUGUUUGGACCAGGGAGCUGUUUUACCGUAGCACUACCCACC